GCUGAGGAAGGGGCACCCCGAGGCCGGGAUGGGUUUGAGCGGGGUGUUCCCUCACYCCUCCCGCAGGGCUCCGGCCGUGCCCGUGGGGAGCAGAGCGGGCCCGGGCGGGGRUCGCGCACCGGGCGGGAGCUGUGGCGGGCACAGCACGAUUCACCCCGGGCCGGAACGGGGAAGGCCGCACAGCGAAAGCCGCUGGAGCGCAUCCAGGGCUCGGAGAUCCUGUUCGGGGUGGCCCCGUGCUGGCUGGCGCUGUCCCGGGCGCGGCGGGCGCUGUUCCGGCUGUUCCUGAAGGAGCAGGCAGCGGGGAGCUGUCGGCCCGUGCUGGCCGAGCUGGCGCUGCAGGCCGCGGCCCGAGGGGUGCCGGUGCUCAGGCUGCCGCCCCGGGAGCUGGGAGCGCUCAGCCGGGGCCGGCCCAACCAGGGAGUGUGUCUGGAGGCUGCCCCGCUGGGCUUCAGGAGCCUGCCGGACAGCGAGGAGCCGCGGCCGGGCCGGCAGCUGCUGUGGCUGGCGCUGGAGCACAUCCAGGACCCCAUGAACCUGGGGGCUGUGCUGCGCUCCGCCUAUUUCCUGGGGGUGGACAGAGUGGUGGCGAGCCGCAGCAACAGGUACGGGCUCCUGCGGUGA